AGCCAUCCAGAUUACAUCUUUGAUUUACAGGAGUUUUAUUUUUAUUUACCAUAGAUGAAAUGGCAGGAGCCACGGAUCCCUUGUCCGAUGAAGAUUUGAGGUGGUUCAGCAAUCACGUCGAGCCUUACAACGAGGUAGUCGAAAAAUGGAAAAAAACAAUGCCGAAACGAAUCCUCUUGUUACGGACAUCUUGCCGCACGAUUGAUGACUAUUUCACUAAGUUUCCAGCCUUGAAAGAAGAUUUCGGACAUCAACUGAUCCUGAUGGACUUCAGUAGUCUCCAUCCCGGGAAAGACAAUAUUUUGCUCGAUUCGUGGCAAUCUUUAACUGAAAAUCUUUUGGAUUUGGUUAAAAAGAAGCAACGCGAUAGAACAUAUAAGAAGCACCUUGAAGCGGAUGUUCCUGAGCUAUUAAUGUCAGAUCCUCAGAGUGAUACAGCGAAAUCACUAUUCUGUUUGCUAGCCCUACCGUCUCUCUGCGCAACAAUAAAGUUCCAAAGCAUGAAGUUCUCUCGAAAAGAUGUUAAAGAUAGUUUCGUCCUGUACGUGCCAGUGAAGUCUCAACUGAUGAAGUUGCUGAGGAAGAGGUCUGAGGAGAACCGACGGAACGGCACCAUUUUUCCGAUCCCGGUUUUCGUGGGUGACGUCAAUAAUCCGGAUUGCUACGUCGAAUUCAACGACAAUUUGUACAGCGUCGAUUCUCCGAUCCAAGCAGUGGACGUUGCCUUCAAAAUAUUUUACGCUCUCAACUUGAAGUACCCACCCGCUUGCGAAAUCAUUUGGACGUUGUUUCAGCACUACAUUUUCAAGUUCAGCAUGUCAACCAUCAGACUGAACCCUCAACUGGAGGCGCUGGCCGUUGACCUAGGAAUCAAUUGAGACCACGUCUGGUCCUUAGUCCAUGUUUUUGUUUUAGUGGCGAGGCGUGAAUAAUCGAUUAUCGAUUUAUCUCCAUUUGAAGCUGUGGUAAAUGAUCGAUUGUUGGGGCGUUCGUUGUGAACACCUUGUUUAUCAAUCAUUUUUCAUAGGUUUAACUGGCAGAUCAAUCGAUACAUCGUAAAGCACGCCUCGCUACUAGUUUUUUCUCUUUUUUUCCCGAGAAUAGUCACGUAUAUGUUCAGUUACAAUCUUUUCUCGCUCGCUCCACUCUCGCCUUACUACCUUUCACUUGUCAUCCCAUUUCUUCCAUCUUAUCUGCUGAUUUUUGACAAUGGGAUUUCAAAAAGUGAUCGAAUCCUCCAAAAAUUCAAACAUUUUCACCUGUCAAGGAGAGAGAAACGUGGAUGAGUAUGAAGGGAGAUUGUUGAACAGUGGAAAUGGGAUGUCAUUUUUUAAAACCUCUCCUCCAUAAUGGAGAAGCGUGCAAGUGAGCAAAUACGAGGUUCUUUUUCUAAAGAUUUUUUGUUCAUAAAGAUAACAUUUUAUUAGCUCUAAAAUCAAAACCUCUUAAAUCGACGUUUUAUACUUUAAGGAUUUGAUCAUGUGUAGAUAAACAUCGAUGUAAAAAAUGUCCUAGAAACCUGCUGUAUGAAUUUGUGAAUAUUAUUUCUGUAGAUGAAAAACUGAUCAUAUUUUUACUUGUUUUUUUAAAGUUUUUUGCUCUUAUCAAUGAAUAAAAGUGUCAUUGAAACAUAA